UUCUCGAAAGCGGGCGGGCGUUUAAAGGAAAUGACACGCGCGAUGGCCAAUCGCAGCCGCGCACUGCAAGCCACCCUCCAAUCAGCGUUCAACAUCGCAAGGUUCGCGUCGCCCACGGUGCUCAGUUGAAUUCCCUUGCCGUCCAUUAAAACAGCCGACUUGGAAAAUAUAAUAUCAAAGUGUGUUCAGCGCAGCCACAAGCCCUUGUGCUUAAUUCUCGCCAGGGAUGAUAUAUUUAUGCAGCGAGGGCGCUGGGAAACUCUCUCCGCAUGUGUAAGGCACGCAUCUGCGACCCUGUCGUGGCUCGCCGCAUCGCCUGGCAGAACGGAACAAUCGCUGGAUAAUUCUCCUCGUGACUUCAGUUGAGCUGAUUUCAUCUCUGAAACACAGAGGAACUCGGAUGAGGGUUGUGUCAUGAGUCCGGCAGGGUGCUCCCAUGUGAAUGCGUUCAAAGUGGACAACUGGAAGCAGAAUCUGCGGGUUAUAUACCAGUGCUUUGUGUGGAGCGGCUCUGCCGAAACCAGGAAACGCAAGGCGAAGUCAUGUAUAUGUCACCUGUGUGGAGCUCAUUUGAAUCGACUUCACUCCUGUCUCCACUGUGUGUUCUUCGGCUGCUUCAGCAAGAAACACAUCCACGAGCACGCCAAGAGCAAGAGACACAACCUAGCUAUAGACCUUUUGUACGGUGGAAUAUACUGCUUUGUGUGCCAAGACUACAUAUACGACAAAGACAUGGAGCAGAUUGCCAAAGAAGAACAAAGAAAAGCAUGGAAAUUGCAAGGUAUUGGAGAGAAAUAUUCGAUGUGGGAGCCUACGAAACGAGAGCUGGAGCUGCUGCGACACAACCCCAAACGAAGGAAGAUUACAGCCAACUGCACCAUAGGACUGAGGGGUUUGAUAAACCUUGGGAACACGUGCUUUAUGAACUGCAUCGUUCAGGCUCUCACACACACUCCACUGCUGAGGGACUUCUUCCUGUCCGACAGACACAAGUGUGAGAUGCAGUCCAACUCCUGCCUGGUGUGUGAAAUGUCUCAGCUCUUUCAGGAGUUCUACUCGGGGCACCGCUCUCCUCACAUUCCCUUCCGGCUGCUGCACCUGGUCUGGACUCACGCACGACAUCUUGCCGGCUACGAGCAGCAGGACGCUCACGAGUUCCUCAUCGCUGCUCUUGAUGUGCUGCACAGACACUGCAAAGGAGAUGACAAUGGGAAAAAAGCCAACAAUCCAAACCACUGCAGCUGCAUCAUUGACCAAAUCUUCACUGGAGGACUGCAGUCUGAUGUCACCUGCCAAGUCUGCCAUGGGGUUUCCACAACAAUAGACCCGUUCUGGGACAUCAGCCUGGAUUUGCCGGGGUCCUCCACCCCGUUCUGGCCGCUCAGCCCGGGCAGCGACGGCAGUGUGGUGAACGGAGACGGUCACCCGAGCGGAGCCACCACGCUCACAGACUGCUUACGUAGGUUCACUCGACCCGAACACUUGGGAAGCAGCGCCAAGAUCAAAUGCAGCGGGUGCCAUAGUUACCAGGAGUCCACCAAGCAGCUGACAAUGAAGAGACUUCCUAUCGUGGCGUGUUUCCACCUCAAACGGUUCGAGCAUUCAGCGAAGCUCCGGAGGAAGAUCACCACCUAUGUGUCCUUCCCUCUGGAGCUGGACAUGACGCCCUUCAUGGCCUCCAGUAAAGAGAGCCGGAUGAACGGACAGUACCUGCAGCCCGUAGACUCUCUAAACAAUGACAACAAGUAUUCUCUGUUCGCGGUGGUCAAUCAUCAGGGCACGCUGGAGAGCGGUCACUACACCACGUUCAUCCGCCAGCACAAGGACCAGUGGUUUAAAUGUGACGAUGCCAUCAUCACUAAAGCCAGCAUCAAAGAUGUCCUGGACAGCGAGGGGUACUUGUUGUUUUAUCAUAAACAGUUCCUUGAAUAUGAAUAAUGGCGAUGCAGAGCGUCCGAGUCCAAGCUGUGAAGAGAGGAUCAUACGAGAGAGCUGCCAUCAACACACAAACAGAGCCUUUCUCACCGAAGAAAAGCAAAAGAACAACAGCCAAUUAAAAAAACACCCAGAAAAAAUGACAGCGCUAAACCAAUCUGCACUGAGCAACCGGAGCAUACUUGACAGAAAGAGUUCUCACUACAGACAGACUGACAUCUCAGCAUCGCUUUCACGUUUUCUUCAACAACACAUUCACUGGCAUUUUCCCAGAAGUAUACGAAGGAAAAAAUAUUCCUUUUUAAUUUCUGCAUAUGCAUUAUUGAUGUACUCAAUGCAAAGGAAAGGUGUUAUAGACUUCUAUUGUCGUUUGAGUUUGGAAAUACUGUCCUCGUCCAGCACUUUUCACUCGUUCUUGUCGUCUUCUCCUUCAGGCUGGAAAUGCCACCCACGCAAAUAUCUAUAAGUCUAUUUUUAUAAGUCAUCGUUUCAGUUUACGUGUCCCUCAUCUGUUCGCUCUCUUCACGUGCUUCGGUGUGAACGUCGUGAAUCUUUCGGUCGCUGGUUUGGUCGUGAAGGCUCGUCAUGUUUGUGAACGAAGAACAUUUCAUGUCUCCACCAUGGCUUGAUUCAGCAGUGUUAUCCUCAGCCGUGUGUGUGUGUGUGUGUGUGUGUGUGUGAGAGAGCGCAUGCAGGUAUGUGGGCACCUGUGUGUGUGUGUUGUUAACUGUGUGUGUGUGUGUGUGUGUGUGUGUACUGAAUCAGUACUCAAACUUGGCAUGCCGUUUAAACUGGAUGCUAAAAAACUUUGGGGAGGAUUUUAUAAAGGUUAAUUAUGUAUCUAUGUAUAGUAUGUAUGUAAAACAAAUCAAUGAAGAAAUAAGCGCUG